CGGAAGGAUGCAGUGCUGCAAGGGCCGCCUGCUGGGCAUCUCGGUGGCCGUAGCCCACGGUGUGUUCUCCGGCUCCCUGAACAUCCUGUUGAAGCUGCUGAUCUCUCGCUACAAUUUUCACUUCCUGACGCUGGUGCAGUGCCUGACCAGCAGCACCGCCGCUCUGAGCCUGGAGCUGCUCCGCAGGCUCGGCAGGAUCGACGUGCCCCCCUUCAGCCUGAGUCUGGCCAAAGUGUUCGCCGGGGUCACGCUGCUGUCCACGCUGCAGUCCUGCUUGACCCUGUGGUCCCUCCGGGGCCUCAGCCUACCCAUGUACGUUGUUUUCAAGCGCUGCCUACCUCUGGUCACUUUAACCAUUGGGGUGUUUGUCCUGAAGAAUGGUGUUCCCUCCCUCGGUGUGUGUGCAGCGGUCUUUCUAACGACCUGUGGAGCUGCUUUAGCAGGAGUUGGUGAUCUCUCGGGGGAUCCGGUGGGUUAUGUGACCGGGAUCCUGGCAGUGCUGGUGCAUGCUGCCUAUCUGGUGGUGAUCCAGAAGACCGGCCAUGAGCAUCCGUAUGGCCCCCUGACUGCCCAGUACGCAAUCGCCAUCAGCGCCUCGCCCGUGCUGCUGCUCUGCAGCUUUGCCAGCCUGGAUGCCAUCAAGAUCUGGUCGUACCCGCCCUGGCACGAUGCCACGUUCAGCUGUGUGUUCGCCUCCUGCAUUCUGAUUGGCUGCCUCAUGAACUUCACCACCCUGCACUGCACUUACCUCAACUCGGCGGUGACCACCAGCUUCGUCGGCGUGGUCAAGAGCAUUGUCACCAUCACGGUGGGCAUGCUGGCAUUCCGGGACGUGGCGCCCACCUCCCUGUUCAUUGCCGGCGUGGUGGUUAACACUGUGGGCUCAGUCACCUAUUGCAUCGUCAAGUUCUUCGAGACGAGGCAACAAGCCAAGUAUGAAGACCUGGAGGAGCUGGAUAAGGAGGACGAGGAAGGUUUAACCGAGUCUCCCAGCGUCACCCCUCAAAUGCAUGAACUGCAGGAAGAUGCCAACGCACGGGCAAUGCCCAAUGGAAGCCUGCAGGCUGACCACAACCCACUGACUGAAAAUUAUAUCGGGGUCUGGAGGCUAUUGAGACGCCUGCAACUUUUCCGGAAGGAUCCUCCAGUUCAGGAAUCUCAAUAAAUCCCAACCUUUCCUUAGAUUUGGGAAUAGCCGAGACAGGUUAAUAUAGUGUAACAGUUCUCACUCCUACUCCCCACCAGACCAAUUUAAGGAUUACAUUGCCAGAAUUUCGCUUUCAGGAGUGAAAAUGGAUUUGUGGGGAAUAUAUUGCCCUGAGUGUGGGCUGUUUCUUUUUCUGGUAACACGGUAAACCCGGGGGUGGUUAAAAUUCUGCAAAGCGGAUGUCACCCCAAACAGCGAGGAAUCUUCCCUGCUGCUCUCUAUCUCGAGAGCUGCUCAAAGCAAAACUAACAAAGAUAAAAAAUCCGAGGUGCAUACUCGGCACCUACACCACACAGACUGAACAGGAAGGAAGGGUAGCUCACCAUCACCUUCUCUAGAGCAACUAACCAUGGGUGGUAAAUCUUAGCCUAUCCAGCGCCCCCUGAAAACAAUAGGAAACAGAUAUUAGUGAAUUGUGGGUGCACAGGAAUGAUUAUAAACCCAUACCCUCAUUCUGAGAUUCGGUGAUGAUUACAUUAUUCGGUGCAAUCUGAACUCCGAUGUGAAGAGAGUCUGGCCAUCUCAUGACAGACUCUCCAAGCUGUCAGUAAUAUUUCAAACUCCCUCUAGAAAUUACUUUAGAGGCAGAUUAAAAGCGUUCAUUCAAAUAAAAAGUACUCCUUUUGCUCAUUUGCUGCGCCCUCUCAUCUGGUUGAAAUUACCUGGAAAUCACCUUUAGGAUUUGCCCUUUGAAGGAGAAAGGUUAACCUGAUGUUCUCACUUUACAAGUAAUUGGCACGUGCUUUCCCGCCAUGUCCACAUCGAUGCCGCAACAUCCUGACGGUCGCUGUGCCUCUCCUUUUGUAGACAUGGUUGGGGAGGAAUAGAGCCAGAGAUUAUCUAGAAGCAGCUGAAGUAUUCCCUUCUGACUGCAAUGUCUCCCUGUCUCUAAUCGAGUGUCAAAUCCACCUCAAUCGGCCAAAUAAACCUCCUCACCAAAUCUGUCCUGAAUUUGGAGAGAUGCUAUUUUGGAGAUUAUCAGGUCCAAGAAAAGUAAGUUUGAAGAAAAAAGUCGAAGAGAUUUCAUUCAUAAACACGCCCAUGCUGUAACCUGCAUGCAGAUGUGAAUGAAUGAACGAAUGAAUACGUGGCAAGUGAGUGAGGCUGAGGUCUUCACACAUUGAGUUACUUAUACACCUGAGUUUAGUCAAGUGGAAAUGGAAGCGAUAUCAGGCCUGAGAGAGAUCUAAGCAAAAGUACUCUGGGUGUCACCGUGCACGAUAUUAAUAUUAAGGUCAGCUUUUACCAAAUGGUGUGAUUAAUAUGUGGGUUCUAAAUUGUAUUUUUUCAACCGUCAAUUUCACGUCAAUCUGAGAGAUUGAGACCUGUGCCGCGAUGCUGUUAGCAAUUCACAAGUUACCUCUGGUGCUAAGUUAUUGCACUCAGAUGAGAAUGUUCUCUUUUUAAAUGCGAUAUUAUUGAAGAUUUUUUUAAAUACAUGUUUUCGUUCUUUUUUUCUAAUACUUUCUGUCGGAUGUUGGUGUACGUUAUCCUUGACAUGUGCGGUAAUAUAAAUCGAAUCUGAGCCACAGCUGAAAUCUCCUGUCACUGGCUGCGUCAGAUUCAUUGGUCUUUGUGGAAAAGAAUAAAAUCUAUUGAUGUUUUGCACAGCCA